UGCAACAUUCUUACUUGUCAUAACAUGGGACGGGCUACAUUCUAUCACAACGUUACUAUGGAAAUAUCUUCAUCUUUGCAGGAUUAUUUAACCGCACUACAGCCUGGGGUGGAAAAAAGAUUGAAAAAUGCGGUGAUUAAUUAGUAAAAAAAAUUACCUUGGGAAAUGAGAAGUUUGUGGCACAUAUAGGAUACAUAACAUUGAAGCAUGCAUUAUGGGAAACCAUGACAUCAUAAGGCGAUGGAGAGAGCAUCAUAAACCACGCAGGCACAGGUCAAAUCUCAAGAACCCCGAAAUACCUAUCCCGUAACACGAACCCAUUGUCUUUGUUAUAAAUUACAUGACUUUAUUAAAAAAACGGUUUCUUUAAUCUUAGGACCGUGACAGGUCUGCCUGAGAUUGACUGAGAUUGGGGUGCCCAGUCCUCCACCUCUUACAUGGCAGAUGUGAUGGGUUUUUCCAUUCUUAUUCGCUGAUAAAGUUUAUAUUUCUAUUGUUAAACAAUGUAACAGAAACAUGCGCUAAUUUAACACAUUAUCACUGAGACAGAAAACCGAACAGACACAAUGGAGACUGCACUGCAGGCGAUAUCCGUAAUUUAUUCUGAACAGGAUGUUUUUUGGGGUACGUUUGCUCCGUUGAGUCUAUUUCUAUAUCUAAAGAAUGAUCAGAGUGGGUUAUAUGACAUUUUGGAAGACGUCCCCAAAGCCCUGCUGCCCGGUGUUGGAGGGAAGAAAAUUCUGGAUUUCUGGUGGAAAGCUGUGAAUGUGAGACAGCUUUUCAGUGAAGUUUAUCUCGUGACCAAUGCAGACAAGUAUAAGCAUUACGAGCGGUGGGCUACAGCAAAUGACUUUCCAGUGGAGAAUAUUAUUAAUGACGGGACCACCAUGUACGACACGAGGCUCGGAGCUGUUGCGGACCUUGAGCUUGCAAUUUCCAGCAAAAAGCUGCGCGAUGACAUCAUGGUGAUCGCAGGGGACAUGCUGUGUGCCGAUCAGGAUUUUGACAUGGCUCAAGUACUUAAAUUCUUUCGGCUGAAGGGAGGUGAGCUUGCAAUCUAUUAUGAGAUGGAAGAUGGGGAGUGUACAUCUACCAGAGGGAUAGUGGAGGUCUGUCCAGACACGCACAGAAUUUUGCACUUUUUUGAGAAGCCUCAACCUGGAGAAACUACCUCGAGAAUGGCGAGCGUUGUGUUUUAUUGUUUCCAAAAGGAAACGUUACAAACUCUGCCAUCUUUUCUGAACGAGUUCCCAAAUAUCGAACAGCGAGUUCUUGGCCGAUAUAUGGAAUGGCUCAUAAAUGUCGUCGAGGUCCCCGUCUACGGAAUGAAGCUGCCAACGGGCUUCCAGCUGAUUGGACAGGUGGGUUUGGCUGAUUAUACCAAGUGGCUGACUCACUAUUCCACAAUGAAAAAUGAACCAAAAGUGAAGUCAAUAACGUGUCGCGCUUAUGCAAGAAUUGGAAUAAUUGGAAACCCAUCAGACGGCUACUAUGGAAAGACCAUUUCAAUGAGUAUUGCGAACUUUUGGGCCGAAGUCACAAUAUCAGAAAGUAAAAAACUGGUACUUGUUCCCCACCCACUCAAUGAUCCGACAGAAUUUGGGAGUUUACUCGAUUUGUUCUACAUAAGUAGAAAGGAGGGGUACCUGGGGGGUCUGAGGCUGUUACAGGCCACGUGUAAGAAAUUCUAUGAGUUCUGCUCAGAGAAAGGCAUCGCUCUGUCGAAGCAGAAUUUUACAGUGAAGUAUAAUGUGAACAUCCCAAGACAAGUGGGUCUAGCUGGGAGCAGCGCAAUUGUGUCGGCAACAUUAAAAUGCCUCAUGGAGUUUUAUAAUCUGACGGAUGAUGAUCUGCCAAAAUCAAUGAGACCAAACUUCAUUCUCGAUGUGGAAAAGGAAGAGUUGUUUAUUACGGCAGGACUACAAGACCGCGUCGUCCAGGUGUACGAAGGCCUGGUGUACAUGAAUUUCAGUAAAUCCUUAAUGGAGGAGCAGGGCUACGGAAACUAUGAGAAUAUGGACAUGGAGUGCGCCCCUCCGUUUUGGUUGGCGUACAUGAGAGAUCCGAGCGAUUCCGGGGUAAUUCAUAGUAAUGUGCGCCAGCGAUGGAUUAACGGAGACCCAGAUGUUCUGGAAGCGAUGAGAUUGUUUGCAGAGCUGACCGAUCAAGCCAGAAUUGCAAUGGAGAAUAAAGAUUGGCCAGAACUGGCAGAAUUAAUGAACAGGAACCUAGAACUCAGAAGAUCUAUUUUUACAGACUCAUGCCUGGGACAAGGGAAUCUGAAAAUGAUAGAGAUUGCAAAGCAGCACGGCUCCGCGGUGAAAUUUCCUGGCAGUGGGGGAGCAGUGAUCGGAUUGUGCCUCCAUCCAAAUAAACUGAUGGAACUGAAGAAGGCAUUCCAGGAGAAUGGUUUUGUAUUCUGCCACAUUGUCCCCCACAGUCCGGUGACAGCCAUAAGAAAGGAGGAAAGUCCUUCCGGACCACAAUAACCAUCCAGCUACCAUUCUCAUUUCUCAUCGUUUUUAGGAAAUGUUUGUAGUAAAUAAUUAUGUAAUUAUGUAAAACGGUGUAUACUUUAUCUACAAUUUGCUGCUGUAAAAUAAAUUUAUAAAUUACUUUCUA